GCUGCGUCCUGCUUAACCAUCUUCUCCAUGACCCGCCCAUUCGCUGCUGCUGCCUGAGCUCGGUCAGGUGUUCGUUGUACAGCGACGUAAACUUUGCAUUUGGAAAACUGAUUGGAUUCUGUGUCGGGACAAAUACAGUAGAGGCCAUGCUCAGACGGAUACUUCAAAUGACUCCUGGGAAAGGAGGCUCCCAGAAUGCAGAGUCAGAGCAGCCCAGCACAGACCUUAACCACGAUCAGACUUCUGAGGGCUUCAUCUGUCCUCAGUGUAUGAAGUCUCACAACUCUGCAGAGGAGCUCUUCAAGCACUAUGAGCUGUUCCAUGACACAGGAGACCUGCCUGCUCAUAUGGCCCCCACUCGGGAAGACCUUACAAUGCUAAGGCAAGAGGUCCAGGACCUGCAUGCUUCACUCAAGGAGGAAAAGUGGUUUUCUGAAGAGCUCAAGAAGGAGUUAGACAAAGUCCAAGGACAACUGAAGCAAAAUGAUGGACAGAUGGUCUCAGAGGAUGCAGCUCUUGAAAGGAAGUUGAACGAAGCAGAGACAGAAAAGUUCAACAUCAAGCAGAUGAAAGACCUGUUUGAGCAGAAGGCUGCCCAGCUGGCCACAGAGAUAGUAGAUUUAAAGUCCCGUUAUGAUGAGGAGAAGAGCCUAAGAGAGGCCGGUGACCAGAGGCUGGGCAAACUGACCGAGCAGCUUCAGAAAGAGAAGCAAGAGAAUGAGAGACUCCAAACAGAGCUGCUGCAGCGACCGGGAGUGGAGGAUGUGGAGGUGUUGCAGAAGGAGCUCGUGCAGGUUCAGACGCUGAUGGACAGCAUGACCCGUGAGAGGGAGGACGAGUCUGAACGCCUCAAAACCCACUACGAGCAGCUGAAGGCUAAUUACACUACCUCAGAGAUUCGUAAACUGGAGACGACCAUAUCCCAACUAAAAGCAGAGCUGGAGAAAGGUCCACAGGAAGCAGCUGUUUACACCCAACAGAUCCACCAGCUGCAGAGCAAUCUGAAUAAUUUGCAGCAGCAAAGCCAGAGCCUGUCUGAGAAGCUUGUGAGGAAGGAGAAGGAGUAUCUAGAAAUGGAGGAGCGUCUGGGAGCUGAGAAGUCUGCCAAGAAGGGAGCUCAAAGCACCCUGAGAGAGAGGGAGCUGGAGGUUCAAGAGGUGCAGACUCGGGCUACAGGGGCCGAAGCCUCCCUGCAGAAGGCCCAGAAGGAGCUCGGAGAGAGGGCUGAGGAGGUGGCAAAGUUGAAGAGUGAGAUUACAGAGCUGGAGGUGAAGCACGCAGAGCUGAAGGUCGAGAGGAAACAGUUGGAGCAGCAAAGGGAGGAGAAAGACAGCCAAGGUGCUCAGCAGCAGACUGAGAUCGGUCAGCUGCACGCCAAACUGCUGGAAGCAGAGAGGCAGCUGGGCGAGGUGCAAGGUCGUCUUAAAGAACAGAGACAGCUGUCUGGGGAGAAACUAAAAGACCGCGAGCAGCAAGCAGCCGACCUGCAGCUCAAACUGUCGCGUGCAGAAGAGCAGUUGAAGGAGAGUGCCAGUAAGAAUACAGACCUGCAGCACCAGCUGGAGAAAGCCAAGCAGCAGCACCAGGAGCUGCAGGCGCUGCAGCAAAACACCAACGGAAAACUCCGCGAGGCACAGAACGACCUGGAGCAGGUGCUGCGUCAGAUCGGAGAUAAGGACCAGAAGAUCCAAAAUCUGGAGGCUCUGCUGCAGAAGAGUAAGGACAUUGUGAGCCAGCUGGAAACCGAGAGAGACGACUUGUGUGCCAAGAUCCAGGCUGGUGAGGGAGAGACGGCUUUGCUCAACCAGCUCAAAGAGAAAAACCAUGCACUACAAGAACAGGUAACACAGUUGACAGACAAGCUGAAGAACCAAUCAGAGAGCAACAAGCAAGCCCAGGAUAACCUACAUAAGCAGGUCCAGGAGCAGAAGACCCUGGUGCGUUCAGCCCAGGACCGAGCCCACACCCUGGAGACCUCUGUCGCUGAACUCACUGCCCAGCUCGCAGACAGCAAGGAGAAGGUCGCCCAGCUGGAUGCUCAGCUCAAGGCGAAGACAGAGUUGCUGCUAUCUGCAGAGGCAGCCAAAGCUGCACAAAAGGCUAACCUGGAGAACAACCUGGAGACGGCUCAGCAUGCACUGCAGGACAAGCAGCAGGAGCUGAAUAAAGUUCAGAAGAAGGUGGAGGAACAGGCCCAAAGGCUCAAGGAGAGACAGGAGCAGUCCAUACAGCUGGACACCAGUCUAAAGGAAUGCAAAGACAAACUGAUGGCCUCAGAACAGCGUAUAGAGCAGCUGGAAGGGCUCAAUAAGAAAUUAGAGUCACAGGUUGGGGAGAUGCAGACAACACGUGACCAGGUGCAGCAAGAUGUGCAGAAGCUGCAGAAGGAGGGGUCAGAGGUCAAACGGAAAGCCAAAGAGCUGCAUCGCUCGCUGGAAACGGAGAAAGCAGGGGCUGCAACACUACAAGAGGAACUGAAGAAAAAAACAGCUGAUUUGAGUGACACUCAGAAGCAGCUGGAGCGCAGUGAGCAGGACAAAGCUGCUCUGAAGGUUGACCUGGACAAGGUGACCCAGGAGGGACAGACGAAGCAUGCAGAGCUGGACAAGAAAGCUCAGAGCCUGGCAGCAGACCUACAAAAGGCCCAGCAGGAGAAAGAGACUCAAAAGAAGGAGCUUGCCUCUACACAGGAAAGUCUAGGAAAGGCUAAUAAGGCACUGAAAGAGAGUCGGACUCAACUGGACACAGAACGGAAGAACCACAAGUCAACCAUGGAGGAGAAGGAAAAGUCCAAUGAGAAAGCCCGACAGGAGCUUCUUAAGAAUAACGAGGCCAUCACCAAGGCAAUGAAAGAGUCGAAGGAGCAGUUGGAGGAGAUGGGAGAGGCAGAGAAAAAGUUGAAGGUGCGGCUGUCCACGUUGGAGCAGCAGCACUCGAAGACUCAAGGGGCGCUGCAGGGAAAAGAGAAGGAGCUGGAGAAGCUGCGGGCACAACUUCAGACGACACAGGGGUCCUUUGAGGAGGAGAUGAAGAAACUGAAGGGCCAAGUGGCAGAGUUACAAGACGUUAAUGUCAAGAAGGCAGAGGAGGAGAGUAAGCUGAAGGCUCAAGUGUCCGGGCUCGGCAAGGAGCUGGCCUCUGAGAAAGGUCAGGCCACAGAGCUGCAGAAGACCUUAGAGCAAAGGCAGGAAAGCCUCACUAAGCUUCAGUCUGACUUCUACGGCAAGGAGUCUGAAGUCUCUGCCCUGCGUCAAGACCUGAAGGUUUCAGAGGAGAAGAUGAAACAGGCUCAGGAAGAGCUGGCCGCGAACCGCACCCAUCAGACAGGUUUAGAUGCUCAGAUCCAGGAUCUGCAGAAGGGCCGGGGAUCGUUGGAGCAGGAGCUGGCGAAGCGCAACCAGAAGCUCCAACAGCAAGAACAAACCCUGAAGGAGCUACAGAAGCAACAGGGCCAGGUAAAGGAGGAGCUAGAGAAGGAGAGGAGCAAAAUGGAGGAGCUCAACAAAGCCAAGAGUGCUCUGGAAAAGAGUAACACUAGACUGACUUCUGAAUUAAAAGCACUGACAGAGAAGAGCGAGAAGGAGCUGGGUGAGUUGCGGGAAGCCAAACAGCUGUUGAUCCAGCAGAAACUGGAGCUGCAGGGUCAGGUGGAGGCCGCACAGAAGACCCUCGAGCAGGAGCAGAAAGAGCACCAGGCCACCAGGGACAGCAGGAGCCAGAGAGAGGAGCAGCUCCUCGCAAAAACCAAGGAUGUCCAGGAUCAGUUGUUGGCAGAGAAGCGAGCGAGGGAAGAGCAGGUAAAGCGCGGAGAGGAGGCGGAGGCUAAGAUGGGCGUGCAGGUGACGGCUCUGAAUGAAAACGUGGCCACGCUGAAGAGAGAGUGGCAGGGCAGCCAGCGGAGAGUCGGAGAGCUGGAGAAGCAGACAGAUGAGCUAAGAGGAGAGAUUGCUGUGCUGGAGGCCACCGUCCAGAACAACCAGGACGAGAGACGGGCUCUUUUGGAGAGGUGUGUGAAGGGCGAGGGCGAGAUAGAGAAACUGCAGGCCAAGGCGGUGGAGCUGAGGAGGAAGGUGGACGACACGACGGCAGCCAUGCAGGAGCUGGGCAGAGAGAACCAGUCCCUCCAGAUAAAGCAAUCCCAGAGUCUCACCAGAAAGUGGGCCGAGGAUCACGAAGUGCAGAACUGCAUGGCCUGUGGGAAAGGCUUUAGUGUCACUGUCAGGAAGCACCACUGCAGGCACUGCGGCAACAUUUUCUGCGCCGAGUGUUCAUCGAGGAACGCCCUCACACCGUCCUCUAAAAAGCCAGUACGGGUCUGUGAGACGUGCUUUGAGGAGCUCCAAGGCUGAUCUCCCUCUCAUCCCUUUACCUUCCCCCACCCGCACCCCCACCCUUACCCCCUUUCCCUUCACCUCCAACUCCAGCGGGCAUAAGAAGGCGUCUUUGUCAUAUUUAAUGUGCACUAUUAAGGACAGACCCAGUGCAAAGACUCCCACCUGCAUGUGACUUCUGGCUCUGGUGUGGAGGGAAAUAACUGAAGAGACACCAGAGCCACAUGAUGGGGUUUGGGGUGGGACUGGUUGGGAUUGUCUGUAUCUGUUUUUGUGCCUUUGCUACUCCUGUGGACUGCUAGAGAGCGGAGACAGCGAGAACUCAACACCAUCCAUCUCUUUAAGUUCACAUCUCCAUAGUUCGUUGGCAUCAUUCGCAAGUGUGAGGUGGUUACUGUGUAUGUUGUAAGAUGUUUGGCAUCAGCUGUCAGGAGGUGUACGGUCAGUGUGACACUGCAAGAGUGACAUAGGGAAGUAAAUAUGUGUUGUUAUAAAUCACGGCUGCCCUACAAAGGUAAAUGCUGGUAACUAUUUUGUCCAUAAAUGAAAAAUCUGUAAAUAGCCAAUGUGACAUAGUUUCUGUGUACGUCAAUCUUCAGAAGCCCUGAGAGGCAAGAGAGAAAGUAAUUACAAAUUUCCUCUCAAAAUUUUCUCUCUUGUGGUUAUGGCUUAAAAAAGGUGGGGUAAAUGUUUUGCUCGGAUAAUUUUUUUAUGUUACUUUUCUUCCCUUUUGUUAGAAUAGAUGUAAUUCUCAUUUGAGCCACAAGAGGCUGCUCUAGGACUAAAAGCAUUCAUGUUUGCAUCACAGUGAGUUUUAGUUAAUAAAUUAACACUUAACACAAGGUACAUAACUAUGUACCUUGGUUUUCACUCAUUCUUAAGCCAUCAACACAGAAGAGAAAACAAUUUAGAUCAAACUUAGAUCACCACAUUUAUUUUUCCUCACUUGCCUUUCAGGGCUCCUAAGAAUCAGAUCACCUAAGAAACUUAUAUUCAGAUUUUUUUGAAGAGGAAGGAGGAAAGUUAAACUUAAAUAAUCAGCAAGUACAGUAUUUUUUUCCAGUUUAAACUGUUUUUUUUGUGUUAAAUUUAUUUUUAUUCUUUUUGUUCAAAUUUGCUUUCAGGAAAUUAUUACUUGUGCUUACACUUAUUACAGUUAAUUUGACCCAAAACACAGCGACCAAAGCUUGUUACUUGUAGUGUUAAUUUGAUGUUUCUUUAACAGGAUUAUAUCAAAAAAAUAUAAAGUGGAGAUUUUAAAUGUAAGAAUAUACAUUAUAAUUUGUAAAUUCACAUAACGAGCAUGAGCUCCUCUUUUGUUUAGACUGUGUUGUAACUCAACAACGCGAGGCAAAUUACAGUUUGAGAUUUUAGGGCUAAACUUAAUUUUUGUUGUUGUAAAUGUUCAUCUGUAAAAAGAAACACUGCCCUAAAGAAAACGAUUUAUCAGUCGAUUUAUGCACCAGCGAUUUUUCUGUACAGGAGUCUUAUCAACCGUGAAGUGGAAUCAGUUACUGAAUGUUUCCUUUGUGCGGCAGCGUGUUUGUGCAUUUGUUGAAAUUGAUGUAUUCAGCCUAUUUUAUGACCAAAGAAUGUCUGCAGCAGGAAUACAGCCGAGAUGAAAACCCUGAGCUUGUUUCAUAAUUCAGUAUUUUUCUAAGCGUCUCUUUGGAAGCUUUUGAGUUUUAAAUCACAGGGUCCUAUAUUUUUUAUCUUGAACACAGCACGUAUGACGAUCUGAGAGGCUUUUAUGUACAGUCAGUUGUUUUUUGCUGUGCCACAUUUCACUUUGUGUUCAAUUUCUGCAAAUUGAGGUGCUUUCUGCAGACUGUUAAUGCAGUCAUUGAAGGUGCCUGCAUGUUUAUUUUUAAAUUUAAUUUUCCUGCUGCUUGUCUCCACUCAGCAGCACUGACUACUGCUGGAGCUGUGUUUGUGUGUGUGUGCUCUGCUUUGAAGCAAUAACUGUGGCUGUGUGUGAUGUUGCUGUAACAGAGUGUGUGUUUUAGUGUUUAGGCCUGCUGUGUGUGUCUGCUGAGAUGCACUGUAUGAAUGUUGGCUGCUCAGAACCUCAGUAUCUCUGCUGCGUUGUCUGGGGAUGUCGGUGCUGCUUUCAGGUGCAGAGGUUGCUGUCAUUUUCUCUGUCCAGCAUGUGUGCAGCUGAGGACACUGUUAAAGUUCAUUCCUGCUUUGUAUAAUUUAUAAUUGUUAACAGGUAUUGGUAAGAUCUUUUGUGCAAUUGUCUAAAAGACUGGAGCAGACGAAAACACUGUAAGCCCGGCGACAACACGGUCUGUUCUGGCAUUUUGCAACUAGCAGCUUGUUUCAGACUUUGGCUUACCAAAUUAGCUCUUUGAGCUUGUGUGCUUUUAAAAAAAAUGUCCAUCUCAGCUGCAAGCUCUCAUGAACACCGGUCUCUUUUUGUGUUGCAUUGGUUUUGUUAUGUCUACCUCAGAUUGGCACAGGAAAAGCACUAUUUCUAAACUUUAGAGAUCACAGAUUGUGUCAUUGCCUGCAUUUGAUCAAGGAUUUGUGAUCGAUCUAUCAAGCUGUACAGUCCCCUUAAGAGAGAUGAUUUGCACCUUAUUGUAUUCUGGGCUCGUCCGUAUGAGAAACCCAGCCACAAACGUAGGACCACCAACUUUAUACAGGCUUCAGCAUUUCUAGCCCCGAUGUACUUAACCGCUCAUUAAUACUAAGGCUGUCAUAAUUAUCUUUGUAAAUGUUUGUAAUGAAAGAGAAAAAGGAAAUGUAUAACACUUGUGGAUGUAGAAACAUGACAACAGUGAAAAUGUGUGUGGACUCAUCAGUGUCUUACUCUUUUCUUUUCUUUUUUUGACUAAAAAAAAGGCAACACAGAUGUGUACACAGAGUUGUGGCUUGCUUUGUGUUGCUGUCAGUUAUCAUGCAUGAUGACUUAACUGGCCUGUGGCUCACACGUUUUCUCCAUGUUUAGACUCAUCAUAUUUGAUGGUUGUGAAGGUGUGCCUUAGGCCAACGUCUUGUACGUCACUGCUCACUAUUAGCGGUGACACACACACACACACACACACACACACACACACACACACACACCACGUAUUACCACAGUCAGGGUGACCUCAGUCCACCGGAAGGGACGAGAGAAAUAAUGUAAUUUAUGUUCACAUGCACCAGUUGAUUUUCUAAUUCAUCAUCAUGACAAACCUAAAUAAAAUCUACAGUAUGUUUCUA